UCAGACAUAUCUCUUUGCUUUGCUUUUAUAUAUGGCAAGGGGCACCGGCCGGCAACAAGCAAUCCAUUCAUCUCAGAUCUCAACUACAUCCCCUCCUGGUGUUCUCUUCUCAGCUUGGAUCCCGCACCAACUGUUCAUCUUCAAGCUUGGAUCUCUAAUCAGGCUUUUCUCCAAGCAAUGGCCACCGGAGGUAUAACCAUAGAAACCAUACCAGAGGAACUUCCACUUGACUUUCUGAAGAAAAUUACGAAUAACUUCUCCAGCGACAGUGAUCAUCUGAUUGGAACAGGAUCAUUUGGGUCAGUUUAUAGGGGGUUUCUGGAUAAUGGCGAGGUGAUUGCUGUGAAGAAACUCGGGGAAGAAUCACCUGUGCCACGUGACAAAGUAUUUGCAAAUGAGGUUAAGAAUAUUAUGGUGCUCGAACAUGAAAAUAUUGUCAAGUUGAUAGCAUACUGCUAUGACACAAACAACAGAUUGGUGCUGAGCAAUGGAAGACACAUUAUUGCAGAGAUUACUGAAACUUUACUCUGCUAUGAAUACUUAGCUAAGGGCGGCCUCGACAAGAAUCUUUUCGGUGAACCCAGUAUUGACUGGGAUACACGGUUCAAAAUAAUAAAGGGGAUUUGUGAAGGUGUACAUUUUAUACAUACCUUACCUAGUCCCAUUCUCCAUUUGGGUCUGAAGACUCAAAAUAUAUUGCUGGAUGACAACUUGACACCAAAACUUUCGGAUUUUGGAUUCGCCAGAAUAUUUGGGGAAGAAUACACCCGAAUAAACACAAGAAGUGUUGUGGGACAUGUUGGAUACAUGGCCCCAGAGUAUCUAUAUAAUGGUGAAAUCUCGGCCCGUUCGGACAUAUAUAGUUUAGGCCUAAUUAUAUUGGAGAUCUGCACGAAAGAGAAGAAUAGUUCCAGCACUGACCAGAAGCAUGCAAGGAAAUAUAUUGACGGGGUAAAAAAACAUUGGUUCCAAAUAGAACAAAUAAUGGCCGAGUAUUCCGAUUUAGAAGAACAUUGUUUUGACCAAAUAGAAGGCUGCAUACAUAUUGGACUAGAAUGUGUGGAGCUUGAUCAGAAGAAGAGACCUUCCAUAGAGCACAUUGUGAACAAGCUCAAUAAUCUCCCAACUGAGAAUAGUUAAUUCCAUUAGAUUGUAAGACAAUAUACUAUGAUAGGUUAGCAAGUGCCUACGUACAAAGCCACACUCGUGUCAUUUUUUAAGUUUUAAGAAUGAUUAAAAUUCAUUCCUAUGUGGUUAUUGGAAGGAAGUUAAACAAGCGAAAGGGUUGACUAAGAGCA